GUCAACAAACAUGUAAUGUUAUAAGUGUGUCUCUGUUUAUUAUAUUUAUUUAAAAAUACCUAAAUAAUGGAUAAUGCAUUAACAAAUCCGAUGGAAAACGUCGAAAACUCGUGCCUCGCCUGUCUAGGGACCGACAAUUUAACAAUAACCCUCUCGGAAGCCCGAGGGAUCCUUGAGGAAUUCGAGAAAACGUUCAAUUUUAAGUUGGAAAUAAAUGAAUCUCUUCCGAAGUAUUUGUGUUCGACGUGCGAGGCCAAGCUGCUGGAGGCCUCCAAGUUCAUUGAACAGGUGCAAAACUCUAUAAAUUACAUUGAGGAACUCAGGGCCAAAGAGGAGAAAGAGGUUGACUUGCUUAAUCUUAAAGAAGAAGAUGCAGCAUCUCAAGAACCUCCAGAACAAUAUUUCGAAGAAGACAAUGAGUUUAAUGACAAUGAAGAUGAUAAAAACUUUGAACCGUUCGAUGAAGAUGAAAUUGACUCUGAUGAUGAGCCCCUUAUCAAGUUUGUACCAAAAAAGAGGAAAAAGAAGAGGGAAACCAACACCUUCAAUCCAAAAUUAAAGAGAAUCCCUUUGGAAGUGAUUGAAAAGACCAUAAACGAAUACCGAGAGGAAUGCAGGGUGAAUUCAAAUUGUGUCUUAUGCGACUUUAAGGGGUUAAAUGUGCGGAAUUUGAGCUGUCAUAUGAUUUUUAAGCAUAGGGAAACAAAAUCAACAUGGUGCUCUAGGUGUAAUAGUAUUGUCGAGGAUCUGGACAAUCAUAAGAAAACUCAUACAAAUAGGAUAUGGUGUAGGUUUUGUAAGAAGGGCAUUACUAGGUGUCAUUAUAUGGAACAUUUAAAAGCCCACGCAGGCUUAGAAUACCAAUGCGACCAAUGCCAAAAACGGUACAUAUCAGAAAAGGCCUUGGAAGAUCACAAACUGAAACACCUUCAAAACCCCCAGGCCCCAUACCAAUGUCCUGUGUGCAAAAAGAACUUUAAGCUGCUAAAGAGCCUGGAGGAUCACGUUCAAACGCACGGCCGUUACAUCUGCGACGUUUGCGAGAAAAGAUUCGAAAUUCCCGAACUCCUCAACUCCCACUUGUGCUCGGGCAAAGUGGAGAAAGUCCAUGAAGUUACCAAAACUUUGUCAGAGAGUGAAGACGAGGAGGUUCAAGUGUUAAACGAGGAAUCGGAUGUGAAAAAAGAGGAAAACUUCACUGAGGACAGCAAAGAGUGUACCGAUGGCGACAUAAAACCAAUUAGCAACUCGGACAUAAGGGUUGAAAGUUUAACAUGCCAUUUCUGCCAAAGGACUUAUAAAACAGCUUAUAAGCUUCAGAAGCAUAUCGAGGCCCAUAUGGGGAUUUUCUUGGUGAAAUGUCAGUAUUGCGACAAGGGAUUUUCUAGUAAAGCGGACAUGUUGAACCACGAAAGGGUCCACACCAAGGAGAAACCGUUUAUUUGUAGUACUUGCGGAAAGGGUUUCGUCAGCGGCGCCACCUUGAGGAUCCAUAUGAAACAGCAUACGGGAAAGACGGAGGUGUGCGAACUAUGUCAAAAGAGAUUUUGCAGGAAAUCCGAGUUGAAGUUGCAUAUGCAGAAGCACAGAGGCGAACGACCUUUCCUAUGUACAGACUGCGGCAAAUCGUUCGCCCAAAAAAGCCAUCUAACUUGUCACUUAACCAUGCACAGCGAGGAACGACCUUACGCCUGCAUGAAAUGCGACAAGGCCUUCAAAAAGAAAGAACUACUAAAACACCACAUGAAACUGCACGGAGAAAAAGACUUCAAAUGUUCGAUAUGCUUCUACGAAUGCCACAAGAAGUACCGACUGCAGCAGCACAUGAAAAUGCACGAGGGCAAAACCGGACUCAAGUUGAACUCUUGCCAAUUGUGUACCAGAGCGUUCAGCAGCAUCCAAUUGCUCAAUAUCCAUAUGGGAAAUGUGCAUAAUGUGGUCGUAUAGGUACAAUAUUGUAUAUAGUUAAGUGGCAUUCAUGUAGUGUGCCUUUUUGACAAAGAUUUUCUUGAAAAAAAAACUAUGGAUUUAUUAUGGUAUUAGUGCAAUUUUAAAAAUUCAAAGUUCUCUAAAUGUACCUUACUUAAAUGGUCGAGAAUUUAUUUUUAAAUUUUACUAACAAAAGCCUUAGGGUCUGGUCAGGUAUCACCAAAAAUGUCUUAAGUAAAAUACAAAAAUUAGCUAUCAUACUCGUUGAUAUUUUAUUCAUUUUUGAUGCUUUUUACUCUAAAAGUUAUAUAGAACUUAAUUUUUGUUCCGAAUUCUCUUAAUAGUUUUAAUUUCCGUAUAAAAAAUGCCAUAAAGGCAGGAAUUGUUUGGUAUAAGGUUUUCAAUUUAUCAAAUGGGAUAAAUCUCUUUUACUAGUUUGUACUUCAAGUAUCCCAUCAUAAAAUUGUACAAAAUCGCAUCUCGAAUAAUUGAAAAUUUUCGUACAAGCAUGAGGCCUUUUCAGUACAAUUUUUAAAUAUUACAUUUUUUACAAUUUGUUUCACCUAUAUAUAUAUACUAGUAUAGUAGUAAUAUAUAACUCAGUUUCUUUUUUUUUUAAUUCUACUAAGAAACAUUUAUAUGUAAUAAUAAUAAAACCGCCUAUCUUAUACAACGUAAUCAAUAAAAUAAUCUAAAUAAAUAAAUGAAUCAAUUACAAAUUGUUCAAAGUUAACACGUUGGCUACCAAGGGGGUAUUUUGAAAGUCUUCUCUUAUGUACCGUAUGUAUCACCGGUAAUAUUCUGCAGGUUGAUGCUUCAGGGCGCUUUAAAAUGAUUGGGAUUUAAAAGCAAGACAUUUUGCCUAAGUAACGGGCUAUAAAUGAACCGAGUUAACCAAUUUUUAAGUGGUUAUCAACGGUGAUCCACAUUAGCAAAGUUAUGCAAAUAAAAAGGAAACAUUUUUUUAUAUUUUAUUACAAGCAACACUUUGUAAACGACAAAAUAUGUUGUAAAAACACUAGUAGUAAGCAUCGCUUAAUGUUUUUCCUGAUAGCAACUUAAGCAAAGGUCAGGGGUAUUUGGACACUCAUUACAAAAUGUAGACACUAGUUUCGUUUUUUUACACGCUAAUUUUGACUGUUUGGAAAGAUUAUAUUCCUUCUCGUAGCAUCCUAUGCAUCUUUUUCUUUUUUUCCUAUUAUCCUUCGUUUUGUUUGUUACUUCUUUUAAAAAGUGGUUAGUUUUUUUGGCCUUUUUUCAUUAUCAAUCCUAUCUCCGAUUAAUCCCGUCACUAAAACCUCUCUAAAUUCGGAAAUUUCAAUUUUAUUUUUAUUCGAAAUUUGAUACAAAAUAAGGGCAUUAACAACCGAUGUUCCAAAUAAGAAUUCAAAUGCCACUUUGUGGUACCAUCUUAUAGACCGACGAAGUACUGAGAAGUAAGAGGCUAUCUGAUCAGAUAAAUCAAUGCCCAUUUUAAAUUUGUUAUAAAACACAAUGGCCUCUGGCUUGUUAAUAUUUUCGCCCUUGCGAUUUUUUUUAUUUGUGUUUAUUAUAUUGAGUGUAUGUCUUGUAGUUAUAAAUCUAUCUGAUCUUUUAUCCUUCCAAUUACCAACAGCUUUUCCAUUAUUUUCUUUUCCUUUAAUUUGUUCUUUUUUCAUUUUUUUCUCAUCUAAAAUGUCUUUAGGUACUCCUAUGGCGUAUUUCCGUAGUGUUCUAAUAUUGUGAAUUUUUCUGUCCAGUAAAAUGUUUGUCAACUCGAGGUUAUUAUAGUAUUAGUUAUCAGUUACUAGUGUUCGGCCGGUAUCAAGGUAAUCUCUCAUUAAAUUUAAUACAAUUCUAUUGCUACUGCGUCCUGCUGUCGCUGUAUCACUUUUUCCUUUAUAAAUCUCUGCUUCAUAUGUAUAUCCACUCUUAUCACACAACUUAAAUAUUUUAACUCCAUAUUUUGAUGCCUUUCCUGGAAUAUACUGCCUAAACAACAAUCGGCCUCUGAAAGGCACCAUUGAUUCAUCACUUGAUACUUCCCCGGGUACUUUUAAUUGCUACUAUAAUUAUUAGGCUUGAGCUAAUUCGUGAAUUUGAAUUCACAGGUAUAACUGUUAACGCGAUUUUCUAUUCACUGGGAAUAUAACCUGUGAACGUGAAUUCACGAUUGAGUGCCGGUUAGCGAGAUUGCUUAUCGCGUAGUGAUCAUGACAGUGAAGUCGCAUAAUAAUAAGAAAACCAUUACUAUUCUGUGUUUACUGUAUCGUGAUUGUUUAUACCCAGAUACAAAUAUUAAGGGGGAUAAAAGUAAAUAAAAAUUGGAGACAAUAUCAUUGACAAUGACGACAAUGAUUCAUUGUCAUAUUUGAAAAAAUAUAUAUUUUCAUAGACAUUUUUAAAACUUAUAUCACUAUGUCCUAAUAAGAAAUAAUUGUCUUAAAAGUUUAAAAUAAUCAUAAAAACAAACAUAUUUUAAUAUUCGACCUUUCUCAGAAAUGGAUAAAUUAAAAUAUUCUAUAAUAAUUAAAAUCCAGUAAAAAAAAACUAAAUAAGCAUAACAAUAUAAAAUAUGAUAUAUGUACAAUAAAAAUAAUUUAUUUUGCAUCUCUUAGUUUUUUUUUGCAUUCUUAGUUUUUGACCAUAUUUUGUACUAUAUUCACUAGAUCGCUACGUAAAGUAAUUAAUAAAUCUAAAACAAAAUAUAGACCUUUAAAUUAUAACAAACCUAAAAUAACUUCUCCUUUUAUAUAAUAAAAAUAUAUUAAUAGCAUUAGAAACUUUUUAUAAAAUAUAUAGUAAUUAUCCUAAAAAUUUGGUAUUACUAUUCAAAAAAAGUAAAAUUUGAGUUUUUCUGGUACUAAGUCGACUUCGUCUCUCCGACACAAAUAGUCCAGCUUUUGAAAAAAGCCUUUCACAGGGCACGGAAGUCGCAAUGGCACUAAGGCGUUCUUGGGCAACUAAAGCAACAUGGGGAAACAUGUGCUUAUUUUCUCUCCACCAUUUUAAUGGAUCCUCUUUUCUCUGUGGUCUUUCAUAGUCUAAAAAUCUCUGAAUUUCAACGAUUGCUUUGCUAGUGGAUGUACCUAUUAUUGGUUGGUCUUUUGCAGCAAUUUCGUCAAAUUCGGCCCAUAUUUCGUCAUCGCUAUCCAUAGGAUCAGAAGGUAUUUUAGAUAUCCCGUUUAUUUCUUUAUCUUUGUCGAUGCAUUGUUGAACUGAAAACUUUUCUGCAACUAGGCUUAUAACAUUUUUUCUUGCAAUCUCUGCAUUAUUUUUAUCCUUAAAGGCAAUUUGUUUAAACCGUGGAUCAAGAAAUAACGCUAUAGAUAGAGUAUUGCUGUUUUCUAACUUUCCAAACCUCUCAUCAAGUGAUUUACUAAUUUUUUUUUACAAUAUUUUUUAUACAUUCUAGAAACUGUUGCUUUGCAAAAUUAUUAUAAAUUGAAAUUAAUCCAUUGGUAAGUGGAAUGACAAGUGAUGCGGUUAAAUAUUUUUCACUAGACACUGUUCGCGUCACUUUUUCAAACGGUUUUAAAAUUUGACAAAGUUGCCGCAAAAUAUCCCAUUCAUGUGUUGUUAAAUGAUUAGCCGCAUCCAUGUUAGUUAGAGCCAUUGUGGUUUUUACUGCCUCUUCUAGUAAUAAAAAUCUUUCCAACAUAAAAAAUGUGGAAUUCCACCGCGUGGACACGUCCUGUAAUAAUUUUAAUGGAUUUCCACUUCCCUGCGAUUUCUGAUAUGCUAGUAAUUUAGAUGUAGCCGUAUGACUCCUUUUAAAAUGCCCUACGAUACCCUUUACCUUGGUAAUUAUUUCAGUUAUUUUUUCUUCUUUUAAGCCAUCAUUCACGACAAGGUUUAGGGUAUGGGCAAAACAACCAAAAUGUUUCCAACCUAAUUCGUUCUGAAUUGCACCUUUAAUAUUGGCUGCAUUAUCAGAAACGACCAUCAGAAUUUUAUUUUCUACGUUCCAUUCUUUAAGCACCCUUUUUAAUUCAGCAGCAAGAUUUAUGGAAGUAUGUUGAACUGAUAAAUUUGAGCACUCUAAAAGAAGCGAGAUUGGUACAAAAUUCUCGUUCAGAAAAUGCACUGUGAUAGCCAUAAAACUCUCCAUAUUUAUCGACGUCCAACAGUCUGUAGUAACACACAGUUUCUUAGAACUUCUCAAAAGAAGACGAGUUUCGUUUAAACAUUUUUCGUACAUUGCAGGUAUGAGUGUUCUUGAUAUUGUGUGUCUUGAUGGUAAUUCAUAAGACGGAUUUAAAGCUGCUACAAAUUCACGGAAGGCAGGUUCCUCUACAAUUCUAAAUGGUUGAAAACUCUCUGUAAAAAGAGCCAACAGCUUAUCAUCUAUAUUUUGUUUGCAUUUUGGUGUUACUCUUUUAGGAAUGUAUGCAGAGAUAGCAGUUUGACGAGGUCCUAUAAUACGGCCCGAAUUAGAAUGCAAUGGCUUUAAAGAACUAGGAACAUCUGGUUGAUCACUGCUUUCAUCUGUGCUUUUUGGAUUUCUUGCAGCUUUGGAAGUACUUGAUACUGCAACACUUUCACCAGUAGUCAACUGCGACAAUUGGGAGUUCUAAAAAAAAUUUAAACAGUGAUAAAUAACAUCACGUAUAAACGAAAAUGAUAAUAAAUAAAACGCAUCAAAGACAUUUAUGAGCGUCCAUUUCUGAAAUAUUCUCUACCUUAUAAAGAAUAAAUUUAAAUUAAUAUAAGUAGGAUCAGCACCUCCAAAAACCUAGAAUAAAAGUGGAAAAUUGCACAAAAAAUAUGACAUAAUUUUCCUACCUUAUUUUCUAAGUCCGAUGAACACUCUUCGUUUGUAAAACCUAAGGAGACUGUGGGAUGCUUGAUUUCCAUGUGUUUUUUCAAAUUUGAUGUACUAGUCUUGUAGGAUAAUUUUGCACUACACAAAUUACAUUUUGCAUAACUUUCGUCCAAUUGAGUAAAAAAGUUCCAUAAAUAACUUAUUUUUCUUCGUUUCGCAGGUAACGGCAUAUUUCAAUUAUAAAACUAAUAUUCAGUCUCUCACAAGCUAAAACUGAAUUAUUAAUAAGAAAAAAUCCAUUUGGUCAAAGAAUCAAGCUUACCUACUUGGGUAGCUAGUUACCACAAAUAAUUUAUUAUUUAUGUGAAAACGCCUCGUUCACAAUUUUGCUAUUCACUUUGUACUUACUAUCAAACUGUUAAUAAGAAAGAUACAGAUAAUGAAACCGAUUAAAAUAUAUUAAUGUAAGAAUUUAAAAUAUACACAGAUACAUAGGCACUAAAUGGCUAUCAAUAUCAAUCGAAUCAUAAGUUAACAUCUAUUCCCGCCAAAAUUCCUGCUAUAAGCUACGAUCAAAACGAUGUCUCCAAUUGACAUAAAUCUAUCGCCCAUCCGUCUCUCUCGUUUCUCCCCACAAACGAGAGAGACGGAUAGACGAUGGGAAUCGGAUAGUCUGUUUAACGACGGCCAAUCGCUGAUGCGAGAUCGGGCGCGGACGAAUACGAUUGAAUGUGGAAUAGGUUCUUACUUCUUUCGGUUAAUUUUGACGCGUAUUGGUUUGUCUCAAUGUGAACGCGCCUUUCUCAUUCACAUUUUGACAUUUCACAGUUUAUUUUUAAGUUGUCAUCAAGUCGUGAAUGUGAUUUUUUAUUCACAGUGAAUGAUUCACAGGUAGUGAAAUUUUGCUCAACCCUAAUAAUUAUUGUACUAUAUAUAUUACUAUAAUAUUGUACUAUAAUUGAUCUAUAAGAGGUUUAAUUUUGUGGAGGCGAUCUUCUUUAUUUGCUGUUUCAUUAUCGGAAAAAUGAAUAAAUCGUAAAAUAUCUUGAAACCUGUUUCUUGACAUAAUAUGACGCACAAAACAAUGUCUAUAAAUAAAUUUUCGCGACCAAUAGUCUAAAAUUUUUUGUAUAUUUAUUUGUUUCCAAUAACAUUAACUCUAUAAUGUCUGCAUCUACAAUUAGUCUAAACACAUCAAUGGGUCGUAAGUUAGGUGGUACAUUUAUUUUUUCUGCAUUGGUAAAAGACAUUUUUUUAAAGACGUUCCAUCUACUUGAUUCCAGGAUAAGAUUGUACUCGGGUUGGUCGGUUAAAUAUUAUCUAUUAUCGUUUCUCUCUAGUUCAGGUUCGUCUAUUUCAGAGUCUGUGUCUGAUUCAGAGGUCGGUUCAUAUUCCGACUCAGAGGGCGGAAAGGGCUCAUGCUCUUCACUAUCUGAGAACACGUACGAACUGCUAUUUUUAGACUGAUUCUUCUCAUUAGGUUGUAUAACUCUAAUAUUUCGAGAUGUACUAGGAAUUUGAUCUGGAAUGAUAAAAAAUAUUGUUAUUUUUUUUGUAAAUUUACUAGGUACCUAGGUACCUUUAAGUUCUUGUUCACCUUGCUCACGUUCAAUAUCAUCAUCAGUUAAAUCCUCAACGUUAUUAUUGUCCUUAUUUCCACAACUUUGUUCUAAAAAUUACAUAAACAUAACCUUAAAUUAUGCUUCUAUCAUUUAAACCCUUUACCUUCAGAUUCUAACUCUUCGUACCAUUGCAAAAGUUUUUUUUCCUCCUUUGCAUCCAUGUUUUAUCACUUUUUACACUUACAACCCAAAAAAAUAAAAUAACAAGCAAAAACAAACAAAAUUGAUUUCCAUAAAAUAAAUAAAGGUUCACUUAUGUACCACGCGAGUCACCGGUGAUCCACCGAGAAAACACCCAAAAAUCGAUACGGAACGCAUAAAUCUCUGCAAAUCCAGCGACAUCUUUUAGGCAAAGACUGUACCAUUAACUUAUUGGGCUUGGUCUUUAAUAGUAACUUUUUGGUGUGGUACAAGGGCAACUCAUUCGUACGAGUCACCGGUGAUACGUAUUGUAGUCAACGUGUUAAACCCCUAUACAAUUAAACAUAAAUCUAUACUCAUAAUAUUAAACCACAUGAGUAAUAAAUUUGAAAUAUAAGGAAACAAACAAAAACAAAAGUAAUUCUAUAGUAAAACAAUUAUAUUUAAUAUUUUAAAUAUAAUGCAUAGAAAAAUCUGAUUUAGAAAAAAAAAACGAAAAUACUUACCAAUUGUAAAUCAGCUACCCACUGGCAUCUUUAUUUGUUAAAUUCACGAAACAUUUACCUUCUUAAGGGUUUUAUUGGUAAUAUGGGAUAAAUAAAAAAUACUGUUUUAUUUAGUUUUUCAAGAACUUUUAAUUUAUCAAGAGAGAAACACUCGGAAGGUACCCGCGCUAUAUAUCUUAACCGACUAACUCUAUAAAAGUAUUUCAUAUUCAAUAACGGAUAAAAUAAACAAACUUACUUAAAUGCCCUAAGACCUAGUAAGCCUUUUUAUAGUUUGGUUGAUGUCACAUUAAGAAGUAAUUUAUGUGUCCGGCGAGUUCACAGUAAAUAAAGCAAGUUCAGCUAUAUGAAUAGAACAAAGAAUAAAGGAUUGAUUUUUGUAUAUAUAUUCCAAUAGUUUUAGUACUUUUAAUGAUUUUUUUAAAUUAAAACAUUGUUACAUAGUUUGCAAAUAUUAUGAGAAAAACUUCUCUGAAAUAGAGAUCUUUUAUAUGUUCAGGAACAGUGAUAUACAUAGUGAACAUUCACUGUGUACAGGGUGUUUCAAAUUCGAGCCACAUCAUUGGGAUUUCGGAAACGGUAAGAGAUAAGGGUCGGUUAAAUUGGAGCAAAGUUGCGUAUUCUUAUGCUUAACAAAAUGCCGUUUUAAAAUUUAAAAAAUUCCGACUACGUACGAAGUUAUUCGGAAAAUACCGAAAUUUUGGAAAAUCGUUUUUAUUUUUUUGUGAGGUUAUUUGAAAACAUAUUUUAAAAUAAUUGACACUUUAUUAUUGUCACUUUUUCUCCUCUACCAGAUGGCGUCGUCAAAUUUAAAAUCCGACGUUUCGUCUUUUGGCAACCAUCAUCAACUUUAUUUUUUUAACACGUUGACUGCCUAUAAGUAUUUUGUGCCCUUGUUCAGAAGCCGUCGGGACUAUUUGCAAAAAGUAGUUCGAAAAUAGGAUUUUUAAUACUUUGUAUGAUUAAUAUUGUGUUUUUUUUGCUUUUUGGGCCUAAAUCUACUUUGACUCAAUAGCUGAGUCACCGGCCCCUGAGGUAUAUUUCUCCUAGAAUAUGCCGGUGACUCAACAUUUGAGUCAAAUUUUCAAGUCAGAAUUAAAAUAAAAAACAAAGAACUUUUAACAGGUAUAUUUUAUAUUAUGUAUUGCACGUGUAAUUCUUAUCACUAAAACUUUGCAAACAUAUAACGUAGCGAAAAAAAACAUAAAUAAUUAAUUUUUCUUAGGAGUAAAUCACAAAAAAUAAUAACAAAAUUAACAUUUUUUAAAGAACAAAUGAAAAAAAGACCUAUUUUUCAUCGUGGUAGAUUCGAAAGCAAUUUCCGAGGCAAAGACCUGGCUUAUCUGGACAAACCGGGCAGAAAAAUGGCGUGUUCUUGCGCAUUUUCUGUGUAUAACAAACCCUGCAUCUCUUUCUCAUUUGACGACCUUUAUUAUCCAUUUCACAUUUUUCAGGCAAAUGACUAGGCUGGUUUUGUUUGACUUUAGGAGGCUUAGGUGGUUUUUCUUUGACUUCAGACAACAAAUUCUUUAUAAUAUUAUGCCUAUAAUCAUAGUAGCUUAACUUUUGCUGAGUAGAAUAUUUGUUAUAAAGGUGAUAACUAUUAAGCAGCAUCAUUGAUAUCAGAUGAAUAGCAAGCUUCUUAUACCAUCUGAUGGUUUUUCUUUCGCUGGCAUAAUAAGCAAGCAUCUGAUCUUGCCUGUCGAUUCCUGACAUGUUUUUAUUAUAAUUAAUGAUAGCAUUUGGCUUUUCUUUUUCCUCGUUUCGUCUAUUUGGUUGCUUGAUCAGUUCCCCACUAAACUCUGUAGAUAUAAAUAAAACCUCCCUUUUGUCACGCCAUUUACCCACUGCAAUGCCUUUAGAGUACUUUGUAAUAGAUUCACCUUUUUUAAGUUUUUUAGAACUCACUUCGGGAGGAUUUCCUUUCCUGUUCAGCCUUAAGGUUCCAGUAGCAUAGGUUUUUUUUUAAAAUUAGCUCUUUACAUAGUGCAAUCGAGUUAUAGUAAUUAUCCAUGUAUAAGAAAUGGCCCUUAUCAAGAUAAUUCUUUGUCAAACUUAAAACAACGUUUGCUGCAUGCCCUAAUUCUCCCUUCAUAUCUUUUUCGUCUCCAGUAUAUAUCCUAGCUUUUAACACAGGCCCAUCAGGUUCUGACAAAAUAUACAGUUUUACCCCAAACUUGUGCUUUUUAUUUUUAAUAUACUGGCAAAAAACCAGUCUUCCUCUCCAUAGCACCAAGGACUCAUCUAGUGAUAGCUCCUUGUUUGGGUAAUAGAUCUUGUCAAUUCUGUCAUUGAAGAAAUUUUGAAGCCAUCUUAUCCUGCACAAACGGUCACCAUAAUCUGGGUCACCUCUUUCGGGAUUUUUAGAAAAAUGUAAACAUCUUAGAAUGACUAGAAAUCGAUUUCGACUCAUGUUAUUUCUGAAACAAGACAGAUUAUACAAUUCAUCGGUCUUCCAGUAGUCCUGCAAACGGUUUAGCUGAAUAUUGCCCAUGUGAAGCCACAGACCCAAAAAAGUUUUCAGUGUUGGCACUGUCAACGGCUUCCAUUCAGUGAUUCUUGAUUUCUCUUUUGUUUCUUUACUUAAAAAGAGUUGUUCGGCAUAGUUGUUAGUUUCGGUAGCAAUAUGUUCCAGAAAAUCGUCUGUGAUAAACAAUUGAAAAAAAUCGAUGGGGUUGUCCGAGGUUAAAUUUACUCUAAGUCCAGGCACACCCGAAAAUAAAAAGUCAUUUUGAUUAGGCACAUCAGUCCAGGUCGGAAUAUCACUGUUACUGUUUUGAACACUAAUCGUCUCAUUAUUCUCAAUGUCGGUAAGGCUUGCAUCCUCUAAAGCGGCAACAUCGGGCAAUUCGUCUUCGUCGCUUGAACUCUCAUGAUCAGUAGGCUCGUAUUCACUGCCACUGUCGACGAACGGGUCCUCCUCACUUUCUGAUAAAUACAAAAGUUCUUCUUGUUCAGAUAAUGUCAGGGGUCUCAUCAUUUUGAAAUCUGUAUGCCUCCGUUUAGGCCGAGAAGGACCUGGAUUUUCUUCAUCCAUGUCAGGAAAACUACUUAUCACCAACAAAAACCGAUUUCGAAAAAACACGUGUUUAUAAGUACACUUGCGACCGGUGAAACGAGACGUAUCCCCUGCGGAAGCCGAAACAAUACUAAACUCAUAUACUAAAGCCAUGCACAUGACUCAACAGUUGAGCCACUGGCCAUAGGAGGGGUACCGCCGUGACUUAUAUGUUGAGUCAUUGGCAGUGAACGUGUUAAAUACGGCCCUGGAAUUUUUUUUACUCAUUUUAAUUCCCCUUUUUAUUCUUAGAGAAAUGACAUAUCACAUAGUUUAAUUUUCCAAUAUUUUGAUGUCAAAAAUUUACUUUUAUUAAAAAAAAAAUUUAAUACUGUCCUGUUGUUUGAAAUAAAAAGUAAUAAUUUAUCUUAACACUAUCAUUUAUUGAAUAAAUCAAUGUUUUUGACGAAAUUUUUUAAUUAUUAACAUGGUAAAAAUAGUAUAAAUUUGAUAUAUUAUACUAAAUUUUAACAAUAACAAUAGUAACAACUAUAAUUUAUUACUAAUUUGUAUGUUGAACAACACAAACUAAAAAUAAUAGAACUUAAUGCGAAAAAAUGCAAUAUUUUAAGUUUAAAGUAAAUAUUCAAAUAGUUGACCCUGCACCUCAAUACAUUUCUGUAUCCUUCUACGUAAAUUUCCAGACACUGCCCGCUGGAUAGUCCUGGCUCGUAUACCCCUUAAUUCUGUCAAUAAAUUUGCACGUAAAAUGUUAAACAUCAUUUGGGGUGUUCUUAAAUAGUCUGUUCUUUAAAUAGCCCCAAAGAAAAUAAUCCAACGGGGAAAGAUCGGGACUUCUAGCUGGCCAGCGCACUACCCCUUGAUUUCCCAACUUUGCCCCAAUUUAACCAACCCUGUAGAUAUCUCUUACCGUUUCCGAAAUCCCAAUGAUGUGGCUCGAAUUUGAAACACCCGGUACAUCGGUUGUAUAUUUUAUUUAAUUAUUCAAGUAUGACAGGUAUUAUUUGUUGCAAGUUGAAUGUUUUUAGGCAAACACUUCUAUUUUCUAAAUCCAGUAAUUUUCAAUUUUCAUUUUUCUUAUAAAAUUUGAUAGGUAGUGUAUAGAGAAGGUUCGAUUAAGUGAGGUUUACAAUAUGUCUUCUCCGUACUUAUUAUUCUCCUUUAGGUUUAAUUUAAAUGUCACGUAUGACCUUCGGAUUUAUCACAGUAAGGUGUGAGUGUCAUAUUGGGUUAUACACACAACGCUGUGAUGAGUCCGAAAACAAAGAGAUACUUCUAAGUACAUGAUUUUGUUUUUUAUCUAUAAAAAACAAUAUUUUUAUGAAAUUCGUCUAAAAUAUCUCCCUCUAUAUACUGAAAAAAAAAGUGAGGCCAUUUAUGUAUAACAUUACCCAUACGGGUUCAACACAACCCGUUUGUAAAGAAUCUAUAAUUUUAUUAUAUUUUAUAUACCAACUCCGCCAUUUCUUGCGGUUCUAUCAAACCUUAUAAAUAAAGACCACAGGGGAAAAAGAGGGAAUGUCACAAAAUAAAAAUACUGAGAUAUAUCGAUUUUAAAGUUUGGAACCUCUAAGAUUCUUUGACUUAAAAAUGAAAUGGUUGAAAUAUGUCAAAUAUUAUCUACUUAACUGUCUGCUACACGUAUUCAAAGGCAUUGUAUUUCAAAACACAUUUCAAUACAAAAAACUAAAAAACUUGCAAUUCUCCAUAGCAAAAAUGAGGAAUGUCCAAAAAAAAAUCAAUUUCCAAAGUAAAAAGGGGUAAUGUUCAAUAUUUCGAGGCUUCAUCUAUCAUAGUUAUAGUAUUUGUUCCAUAUUGAUUUGUUCCAUAUUGAUUUAAGACCUAAAAGUAGAUAAUAUUCUAUGAGUAAUAGCAAUAAACUAAUCAAAGGAAAUAUCUUACCUCCGUAGUUUUAUUGCUGCUCUUUCUUUUUGUUUUUAGCGGCAUGAGGUAACUUAUCAUAAUAGUUUUGAGCUUCUUGAGAACAGAACACUUUCAGAGCUUGCAAAUCUUUCCUCGCUUAUUGGGUUAGACCUGAAAAUCGUAUUCUAUGAGUAAAAGUUUUAUAUUAAAAAAAAAAACUUACCUUCAUACUUUCAGUCAGGAUAUAAAAAUUCAUCAUUUCGCAAUACAGGAUAAAUUCUUGUCUGUAUAGGUGGUAGUACUGAGCUUUGUUCUCAACAUCCAUUAUAGGAAUAUCUAUGUAAAACAAGUCGGGGGUGCCUAAUUGUGACUUCCAUUUCCCUCACAGGGCGUAUUGCGAACGCACAAUUUUUCUUAUAAUUCAGCUUCACAAAAAAAAAUCCCAGUUUCUUAUUAUAUCGUGGCCCUCUUCCAGGUUUUCGACAUGAAAUCGUACUGGCUUAACUCUGGAUCUUCCUAUUUCUUCGACCCAGUGGCUCGGCAGCUCAGCAGGGUGUUUUUGGUUCAGAAGGGCCAUGUUUCGGUCGCACUCUAAAUAAGAGUGCCCCCUAAUUGGAAAAGUUAUUUUGAAAGACUCAGAAAACACAGAUACCUGUCUCUCGUAGUAAACAUAAUUCGUUGUAAUGUAUGAAACAGGUACAUUCUUUUGGAAAUCGGGACAGAUAGCUUAACGAUCUUUAUCUUUCUGGCACCUGAUUCUUGAAGAUUUUUUUCGGUCGUAAAAUACUUUGGCCUUUAUUUUGUGGAGCUUCUUUUCAUUCUCCAGUGUUAGCAAAGAUUUCUGUAUCUCGGCAAGAACUGAUGUAAAAGUUGGCAUAUUCUUAUUAUUUUCAAGUUUUAAUGUUAAAUCUUUUUUUGUUGCAGUAUAUUGAUCACAAACACUACAGGUGUCUUUACGAGGAUACCCGAACGAUAUGUUGAAUUUUGUAUUAAAAACAUUUCUAUAGAACUCGUAUGAAACAGGAUGAUUAGGAAAUUUGAUUUGAUAUAGUUUAUACAUUUUUGCAAUACUAAGAUCUUCACUUAAAUAAAGACGAUCUGAUUUUUUGAGGCCAUAAUGGCUUUUGUUUCCCUGAAAUGAUUUAAUAUGGGUAACCACAUUUUCAUUCGUCUGGUCAGAAAUUUUUCUAAGUCGACUUAAAUGCUUACCUCUCAAAUCAACAAGGGCCUUACCCGAUGUUUUCAGGGAUUUUUGCAAAUAUUCUAAUUUGGUUUUUGUAAUCCCAUUUAUUGCCAAAAAUGCCUUGUCGACUUCUCUAAAAUUGCAUUUUCUCUUACUACUUUGACACUAUAUGAGUAAAAUUGUUGUUAACUGUUUUAAUUUACAAGAAUUAAACAACUUGAUUUUUCGAAGGAACAAAUUUUAUUUGUAAGUGUACAGUUUGGCGGUACGAGCGAAUCUAACUGAAAAUACAAAAUGCCAUCUAAAGCAAAGUAACAAAUUGCGUCACCCAAGUUGGGCGGCGUGAUAGUCAAAACAAUAAUAAUAUUAAAACAACGUAUAUUCAACCCUGCUGAGGUGAGCUUAUUAUUUCCUUGGAAUUUCGCAUGAUGUAACAUAUGUAUAUGAAUUAUCAUGUAAUAGAACUACAUUUUCAUCUUUUCGAGGACGACUUUUUUUAAUAGAUUUACUUCUUAUCAAACCACAUAAAUGUAAAUUUUGUUCAUUGUUUGCUGCUAAUAGAUUAAAGUUCUUCAAAAGUGUCUGCCUUUCUUCACUACUGGUUUUCUCGAAAUAUCUCAGUCUUUUACACUUACAGUCAUUGCCUAGUUCAUGACUGCUUACCUUUAUUUUCUUGUUUACAUUCGUAAUCCGUCCAUGUAUCUUUCUUUUCUUAAACUUUUCACUGUGUUGCUGCUGUUCCUGGUGCUCACUAUUUUCAUUUUCUUCCAUGAUGCACUUUUUACUUGUAUAUUUCGUACAUUAAAACAUAACCUUAACGCUGUAAACUGCAAAAGUAUGCACGAAAAAUAUUCAUUUGUUUACCCUUAGAAAGCAAAACAUAACUAAAAUUAGAACCAGUAAUCUGCAUCGUAGCGAUCUGUGCACAUUCCUUGUUGUUAUCAUUUUGCCAGUGGACAUUUCUUGUUUUUCCCUUGUAUCUGGUAUUUUAAACGCGGCUACUAACGGACUAUGUUGUGAUCUUCUACAGGAUAUGUGUUUAUCAUAAAAUAUAGACGUUUCUCUAGUAGAUGGCGACGCUAACUCAAUUUUUGAUAUAUUGUGACAUUUUUUCAUUCUCACAUAAAAUAUAUCAGUCCUUUCCAUCACAAUCAUUCCUUCAUCCCUAUAUCUUAAAUAACAAGAAGAAAAUAACGUAAAAGCUUGAAAUAUGCAUUUGAUGAUUGCAUCCAUAGUUCUUUAAGAAAAUAUUUGUCAAAAAUCUUGUAACAGUUCAAAACCGACCUUAAACAACACUACCGAAAUAAAACCGAAAUACACUUUAUUUCGGUGGUGUUGCCUUAAACCGGUCAAUUCUUACACCGAUUUCAGGUCAAUAUUUUUAUUUAAAAAAAAACCUGUAUAUUUACGUUUAAUAUUUUAUAUAGUGUUAAAAUUUUAUUCUUUAUAUAACAACUUAGAGACUUAAUUCCUUUUACCUUGUUUACGUUUUUCUGUUUAUUCAAUAAAUAAAUUUAAAAAAAAACACACAAAUCUAA